UCUCUUCUGGACGCGUUGAUCUCACACAGCGCCAAGCGGUAGAGCGGAGUGUGAGUGUAUCUGUGAAUCGCUCCCAAGCGCGCUCAGACCACACCAGACAGGACUCGGUAUACGGAGGGACGCACGCGUUAGGAACGGGACGCACAGAGAGGAGGACUUUAAUUAAGGCACGGUGCUUCUCUUCGAAGUGCAUGGCCGGCAGCGGUUGAAAGAUGCUGUCAAGCCGCUCGGUGGUUGUGGAGUGCGGGUAGUGCAGAGCUGCUCCGGAUUUGGUUCUCAUAAACUGACGCUCCGGUUCUCCGGUGCCUGGGUUGGAGAGCCGUGCUUGUGGACUUUCCAUCACGCUGGACUUUUUGGCUUCAACUGUACUCAACCGUUUUCAAUACUUUAAAGGACACUGGUGGACAGUGUAUUUAUUCAAAAACAGAAUUUUUUUUCUCUCAAACCCACAGAGGCUAUUUUGCCCACACGGCUAAAAACUGACUUCCCCGCCCCUACUUUACUUAUUUCCAGUAUGGGACCUUAUACAAAAAAUUAUUUUUGGACACUUGAUAUUGAGCUGGAAUUAUGAAUUAGACGAGAGAAACGGCUAUACUUCUCUGAUUGAUUCAUCUAAUCCUUUACGCUUUUUGGUUUGUAGGGGAAAUGGUUUUGAUUCACAUUCGCUGUGAAGAAAUGCGCAAAGAAAAAAGCUUUGCCAUGUCUUAAGUCAUUAGUGUUGUAAGUUUUAUAGAAUUUUUAAAUUUUUGUUUAAUGAAAGGUAAAAUAAAAAGGGUGAAGUGGUCACUUGCAUGCAUUCAUGCGGGAACAGACAAGCAGUUUACGUGCGUAUUUGGACACCGUCUGUCCCCUCUGCGCUACGCGUCCUUGGAGAAGUUAAAAAAACAACUCCUUAUUGAUUCAUAGAAAUGAAAACUCAAUUGGUGAGUUUUAUUGUUUAAAGUAUACUAAACAUAUUCAUAACUAGUGUGAUACAAACAUCUGAAUAGUUUGUUGUGUAUAUUUCCCCUCCACCCCCCUUUUGCUCUUGGGGACAGACGGAAAAAUACACAGUGUGCCGAUGUCUGGCAAACUGGCCGUCAUGUGGGAUUGAUUGCAGGGGAGUAUGUUUGGGCUGGAGCAGUUUGGUUCUCAAAUUAAUAGCAGAAACACUGGCCAGUCAGAGAGAAACCUAAACCAACAGAGACUGAACAUGGGCUCUCACUAUAAAAGCCCAGGCUUUCAUGCUGGAGGCCCUCCCGGAGCCGUGGAGCCCGGCAUGGGCCCUAUGAGCGAGCCGCUCGGGCUCGGUCUCAACAUGAACAUGAAUGGGGAACCGUACGGAGGCUUUCACCCACGGGGACACCCAGACAUGCAUGCAGGCGGCGGACUUCAACAGCAACAACAGCAGCAAGGACCCAUGCAUGGAUUUUUUAACAACCAGCAACCUCAUCAAGGACAUCCACACGGCCAUCAACCUCACCCCCACCAACAUCACCCUCACUUCAGUGGGAAUUUUGGAGGCCCAGAACCAGGGUCAUCAUGCCUGCAUGGUGGCAGGCUAAUGGGCUACAACAACAAUGGCAUGGGACCACAGCAGGGCUUUGGAGAGGGAUUUGAUCCUCUUGCUGAGGGACAGGCAGGGGACGGCUUUUCACAGCAGCAGCAGCGGCCUGGUAACAUACCUGACUUUCAACAUCACGGGCCUCCCAGUGGCAACCAUGCUGUCCCUGCCCCUUGUCUCCCCCUGGACCAGUCACCGAACAGAGCAGCAUCCUUCCAUGGUCUUCCUUCUUCUUCAUCCAACUCAUCCGAGUCUCAUGGUUUGGAGCCUCGACGGAUGCCCACCCAAGGAGCUGUGGAAGGAUUAGACUAUAACUUCCCAAAUGAGCCGCCAUCUGGACAUUUUGAUGUUCCUGUAUUUUCCCCAUCAGAUUCAGAAUCUCAGUUACCGCAUUUUGGGCCGGGAAGGCCAGUUCCGGGUGGAAAUUUUCCAGGGAACCCUGGCAUGCCACGGACACCAGGUAUGCAGGGUAUUUCUAAGGGACACCAGCCACCUCCACCACAGCCCCAGCAGCCUCAGCAUGGAGUGUUUUUUGAGCGUUUUGGAAAUGGCCGGAAGGUACCCGUGGGAAUGGAGCCAGGGGUCAACGCAAGGCACCCCCUCAUGCAACAGCAACAACAGGCUAGCAUGAUAGCCAGACAGAACUCGUGCCCCCCUGGCCUCCCCCGGCCCCCUCAGCCUGAGCCCAGCUCCACUAACCCCAACAUUCUGGAUGGAGGGGUCAUGAUGCCUGGCCAACACAACCAGUUUGAAUAUCCCAUUCACAGACUGGAAAAUAGGGGUUUGCACCCCUAUGGGGACCCUAUGUUUAAUAUGCAACAGCCAGGUCCUCCUCCUUCCCAACAGCCCCCAAAUCAGAGGCUGCAACACUUUGACUCUCCAUAUAUGAACAUGGCAAAAAGGCCCAGAUUUGAUUUUCCUAAUUCACAUGGUGGUGAAGGCUGGUGUGGCAGUAUGGAAAAUCACCUCUCCCCUACUGCCUACCCUGGCCUCCCAGGAGAGUUCACCCCACCUGUGAAUGAAGGUUUCGGACCAGGCCCCCUGCAGCACUCAGGACCUGAGCCACAGUCUCUGCAGCAGCGUCAGAAUGCAGCCAUGAUGAUAAAACAGAUGGCCUCUCGCAACCAGCAGCAGAGGAUGAGGCAGCCAAGUCUACAGCAGUUGGGUCACCACGGCGAUGUACCUCCUGGUCCAAUGGCUCAUGGGGCACCAGUCGGGAGCAUGCCUCAGCCUAAUUUUGACAGGGAGAAUAGUGGCAGAAUGCCCAACAUUGAUGGACAAAAUCCUCAUGUAACUCAGGAGAACUCCUGGUUUCAGGGGUCCCACCCACCAGGAGAAAUGAUGUCACGGCGUAUGGGUGGAGCAGGUAAUGAGUCAGGGCCUCAUGACAUGGGGCUACAGCAGAAUGGGGCUGGAAUGAUGUUUAGGCCAGGAAUAGGAAUGCAGGAGCCCAUGAGAAUAGCAGGAGAUGGACAUGUGCAGGCCCUUCAUUCCCCUGGCAUGCACUCACAGUUUAGUGGCAACAUGGGCAACGUCUCACAAAUGCAGUCUCCAGGAGCAGGAGCAGGACAUCCAAAUGCACCAGCAGAAAGGCGGCCAGCUGACUUUCCUGCUCCUCCGAUGGGGGCUCAGCCACCAUUUCCCUAUGGGGGGGCUAAUCGCCAGGGCCCAGCCCACAGUGCUCCUCAGGGGGUGAAUACCUCACCAGGGAGCUACCCUCCUCAGUCUGAGUUCCCCCCAGGCCAGCGGUCGUCUGUUAGUAAGCUUGGAGCUCUGUCCCUCGGGAACUUCACCAAAACCAGCACUAAAGACAGUGUUUUCGGACAGAGCUGCCUAGCAGCCCUGUCCACAGCCUGCCAGAACAUGAUCGCUAGCCUAGGGGCCCCAAAUCUUAAUGUAACAUUCAACAAGAAGAACCAAAAUGAGGGCAAAAGGAAACUAAGUCAGACAGAGCAGGACAUUAAUAGCAGCACAUCUAAUGGGACUGGCAGUGCUGGUCCUGAAUAUUUUCAGAGCAGCACUUCCCAGAACAGCCAGAUGCCUGGCACUGGGAAUAGCAACUCUAAGCCUGCAAGUCAAAACCAGACGGUGCAGGGGGAAGCCAGUGCCCUCUCCCCAAACUACAACAUGGACGCUACCCCGUGCAGUGAGGGGAAGGCAACAACAGGGAGUGGGAGAGGGAGAGGGAGGAGAAAAAGAGACAGUGGACAUGUGAGCCCUGGAAUUUUUUUUUCCUCUGAUAAUGGAAACCCUGUUGUAAGUCCAAGCCAGCACACCCCCUCGGCUGGCGUUGGGGAGAGGGGUGGGGGCACGCCCCAUGAAAAACACCUCCAGUCACCCUCUUGGGGGAAAGGAGCAGACCUUAUGUUGGGGGACCAGGCUGACCUUAUGUCUUCUUUAGACAGUGGCAUUCAAAGUGUUGCUGCCAAGUCUGACAGCAGCUCACCAAGAGUGGACUUUCCUGACGAUGUCAGCACCCACUAUGGCAACGAGGAUGAGGUGUCAUCCAGCUCAGAUGCAGGGGGGGCCUCUGCCACUAAGCCUAAUCGCAGCCCAAUGAUCAUCGGCUCGCCUAAAAUGCCAAGGAGUGAUCAUGGAUUGAUAAAUGGACAAAAGCCCCUUGGUGUGGGCAUUAACAAUCAUACUACCUCGACACCAGACAGCUAUGGACUGAACGCUGGUGUGGGCACAGGGGCCAGUGGGGUCAGCCACCCGGGCACUCCUGGGGUGGAGCAGGUACGCACCCCGUCCAGCACCUCUGGCCAGGAAGAAAUCCAUCCUCUGGAAAUUCUGCAGGCUCAGAUUCAGCUGCAGCGUCAACAGUUCAGUAUCUCUGAAGACCAGCCCAUGGCCAUGAAGAAUGGCAAAAAGAGUGGUGACUGUCCCGCGCAGAACGGAGACAAUGAGCUGGCAAGCUGCAGCCCGGAUGCAGGGAAGGGCUCAAUGGGCACUAUUGACCUUGACACCCUCAUGGCAGAGCAGCAUGCCACCUGGUACGUGCCCAGUGACAAGGCCAUGAUGGACGGGUCAGAGGAUGACAAAGCCAUGGGACCCUGGGAAAAGAAUAAAAGCCAAAACAACAGUAAAGAAGAAUCAGAACUCUCCCAGAGCAAGGCUGGAGCUGCAGCCCCAGGGGCUGGAGGAGGUGGAGGAGGAGGAGGUGGGAGCAGUGGUGGAAACCACCUACAGUGCCUGUCCGUCCACUGCACUGACGAGUUGGGGGACAGUAAGGGCCGAGGGGGGCCUGUCUCCUCUUGGCGCUCGCUCCACUCGGAUAUCUCAAAUCGAUUUGGGACAUUUGUGGCGGCGCUAACUUGAACAAGAUGCAGGCCGGGAGGAAGAAGGACAGAGAUUCAGAAAAACAGAAGGACAGCCUCACAGACAAAAAAAAAAAAAAAAAAAAAGGAUGAGGAUACAGAUGAUCAUUUUUUCAUGAGACAAAUGUAUGCGGCUCUUGCCUGUUCAGAGAGAGACAUUUAUACUCAUAAACACAUGUGUGCACACAUGAACACAGUUUUACACACACAUACACACACAAAACACACGCAAAUACAAUGAUUUUCUGAUACAUGCAGUAACAUGUAAGAAAACUCUCAAAUACUGCUGGACAAUACAGCGUGGGCCCGAGUCAAUGAAGGCCACAUCUGGAAAAACCUCAAAUCAAUUUUUUUCUUUUCUUCGUUGGGGAAAAAAAGAAAUGUUAAGGGAUGAGAACACAAAAGCAGAAGAAGAUACUAGUUGUCAUUGGCUUUGAUUGUAUACCAGUGUUUAAUAUUGUGAUGAGACUUUGACUUCAUGAUUUUUACUCUCUUGGUCAUUUCAGUCUGCCUGCUCUCACCUUACUUAUGGCUACACGUCUGUCUGUACACUAUCCUUCUGGUGGAGGCAGUUUUACCAUUUGCUACCUAAAUUCUGCCCUUGUAAGCUCAAAGUUCCCAAUACCAACAAGGUUUUCUGCCCCACAUUUAGAAAAAGCCUGCUGGUUCAUUAGAGAGAAGGCCUGGACAUUAAGAAGCAGAACUAGAAAAAGACAGGAAGAGAAAUGAUUAUGCAUGAAUGUAACUCAGCAACUUUUCCAUCCAUUGUGAAGGCAAUUUUUAACUAUGAUUUUUUUGCUGCUCUCCGUCAUAAGAACUAUUGAAGUUUGCUUCUGUUUGCAUUGCUGAGAAUGUCUUUUCCUCAUUCUCAUCUCUUCUCUCCUUUCUCUCUUCUCUGCUGUACAUCUUGUGAGCUCAACCGCUUGUAUACAGUUCAGCCAAUGGGAACUAAAAAAAUGGAGGUGAAGGGUUUGUUUAAUAAGGGAACUGAAAAAAAAAGAUUAUUGGUAUUGCACAUGUAUAAUAAGAGAAAACUUGCUGUGUGUUAGGCAAUCUUGUAAUCUUUAAAUAAAGCUUCUGUUGAAUUUGAAUUUCUCAAACAAUAGAUGGAGGACUGUGACGGCAAUUUACAAACCGAUUUUUGUUUUUUUUCUUUUUUUAAUAAUAUGUAAAGUGCAGUCGUCUGUUUUCCUGCAUAUUGUAUAUAUCUGUAUAUGUUUUAUUGAGUAACUAAAUAACAAUAAAUAUGAUGUUAAAGGUG